UCUAUGGGAAAGUAGGUCCACCACACUAUCAAGGACCGCGGCAGCUAUAGAAAUGUAUAGACACGUUAACAGAAGAAAAACUAAAAAUACAUAACGUUUGCUUUUUGUUGACGCUACAAUGUCGCUCCAUUCGCAAGUGGAGGACACACCGGAGGAGAGGAGCGCCUUCUUCAUCGGCGCUGACUCGGACAACACCUCUGAAGAGCAGGACCACCAUCAACUUAACGUUAUACUACAAAAAGCCAACGCGUUAGCAUCGGAAAACUGCCUGAAAGAAGCCAUUGACUGGUUUUCAGUUGCUAUGCGGUAUGGCACCGUGAGACCGGAACAAUUGAGCACCUUAGUGGACUGUAUCCUCCGCAACUUUAAGAGAAAAGCGGCCAGGGCAGACUCCCUCUCAGGCUGGAGUGAGGACACAGAGGAUAGCGUUAGCUGUGUGCAGGAUGUGUUUGACUGCCCCAACUGUCAUAGCUUUUUAGGUGAACCUGUGACCAUAGCCUGUGGACAUUCGUAUUGCAAAAGAUGUUUACAACGACGGCUGCUCUCCAAAUGUAAGCUGUGCAGCGAAGCCAUUAGCAGCAAGGUGAAAGUGAAUGUAAUUCUGUGCGGACUGUUAGAGAAAUGGUUCCCAGGCGAGCUGAAAAAGUCGAAAACACUAUGUAAAGUGGACGAGCUGUGUAGAAGAAGACACUACGAAGAAGCUGUGGCGCUAGCAACUGAGGUUAUACAGUAUGAUCCAGAGAUGACAGCGGUGGCCCGACUGUCUCGGGCGGAAGCGUACAUGGCUCUUAAACUGUACCGUCUGGCUUUGGAGGACACAGAGUUCAGUCCUGGGUCCAGCUGUUCUGCUGAAGCUUUGUUUAGAAAAGCGAUGGUGCUGCAUGAGAUGGGCCAAGUGGACGAGUCUCUCCAAGUCUUCCUCAGCUGCCUGGCGGUGGACGAGGACUUCCCCUGUGCUAAAAGACAAGUGGAAAAGAUCCUUUGCGACCUGCUUUCUCCAGCUGAUGAGAAUGUGAAGGUCGGCUUGAGGGAAACAACACAGAACGCGUCGCCUCACUUGCGCAGUAAAACCCUUGUUUCCGAUGCCCAAGCCCAACCACCGAGCCCAGUCCAAAGACAACACCAAAACCAGGUCCGCGCAGCCUCAGCACACCACCACCUGGACAACCAAGAGAAACGCUGGGAGAGCCUUGAGCGGCCUGUUCUGAGCAGAGCUCAUUCCUUGCGGAUGCAUGGCUCCAGCUGUGGUGAGGAAGGGCUGAAGAGAGUUUGCUCUGCUCCUCAGCUGGGGGACCAGGACAAGGGUAGCUUGCUUAAGAGGAAGCUGUCAGUGACAGAUACCGAACCCUGUGUUGUGGACAGUGGAAGUAGCAAACAGAAAAAACAAGGUGUGGGGAAGGGCUCCAAACAAAAAGCUGCCAAAGCUAAAACCUGCAGAAGUGUUCCUGAGGACUUGCUGGACCUAAAUGACCUGGAGUGCUCUCUCUGCAUGAGGUUGUUCUAUGAGCCUGUGACAACACCAUGUGGCCACACCUUCUGUAAAAACUGUUUGGAACGCUGCUUGGACCAUAUGCCUCAGUGUCCCCUCUGUAAAGAGAGCCUAAAAGAGUAUCUAGCAUGUAGGAAGUACAUGGUGACAACUGUGUUGGACACGCUGAUCAAACAGUAUUUGAGUCGGGAGCAUGAAGAGAGGACUAAAACUCAUUUGGAGGAGACCAGAGAGCUUGCUGACCUGACGAAGAAUGUGCCUAUCUUUGUGUGUACCAUGGCUUACCCCACCGUGCCUUGCCCCCUGCAUGUCUUUGAGCCUCGUUACCGCCUCAUGAUCCGCCGCUGCAUGGACACAGGCACGCGGCAGUUUGGGAUGUGUAUCAGUGAUCCCCAGAAAGGGUUUGCAGAUUAUGGCUGCAUGCUGACCAUCAGGAGUGUCCAUUUCCUUCCUGACGGACGAUCAGUAGUAGACACUAUUGGAGGAAAACGCUUCCGGGUACUGUCCCGAGGAAUGAAGGAUGGUUACAGUACUGCUGACAUCGAGCAUUUGGGCGAUAUCCGGGUGGAGGACAGUGACGAGCUGGAGAGACUGCAAGAGCUGCAUGAUGCUGUAUAUGAGCAGGCCCGCGACUGGUUUCAGAACCUCAAGAUCCACUUCCACAACCAGAUCCUGCAGCACUUUGGACCAAUGCCAGAACGAGAAGCUGACAUCCAGGCGACUCCUAACGGUCCAGCCUGUUGCUGGUGGCUCCUGGCUGUUCUGCCUAUUGACCCACGGUACCAGCUCUCUGUCCUCUCCAUGACCAGCCUCAAAGAACGCCUGGUGAAAAUCCAGCACAUCCUCACAUAUCUGCAGAGCAUCCCCAACAACUAGAGCUUCCUCUUCUCAUCACCACAAACAUCUUCUGGACUUUGAAAUGACAUUCAAGCGACCCCUGUAUCGUCAUCUUGCCAACUUUUAUUUCUACUGCCACCUGAUCCUUCAACUGUGUUUUUACAGCUGCACGAGCCCUUGUUUUACAGUUCUUCAUUAAAAGCCUCUGCAGUAUAAAAGCAAAGCCGAAUCAUCCUUGAACUGUGGAUCAGUGAAACCAGAGAUGUGGUCAAACCACCUCAGGGAUACUCCCACUAACGCACAUUAUUUAUUUGAGACUGUCAAAAAUGAUUAAAAAAAAAUCUGCUCUCGAUCCUAAUGCUGUUCAUCUUCAGAAGAGCAUCCCUGAGUGACCUUGUUGAAAUGAGAAGAGCAGUCACUAUUCAACUGAGGUGAUAUUUUGCUGUUGAAAGCGGCAUAGGGAGUAAAGUAUCUAACCGUGAGGGAGGUGAAGAGAGUGUUACAGUUUGUGUUGUAUCGUCUCUGGUGAGAUCAGUGAAGAGAAAGGUUGUUUUUUUUUUUUUUUUAAUCUGCUGGCUGUAAUUUCUGUUAGUAUGGAGGAGGGGUGAGGUGAUCUGUAGAACAAAAUCCUAAAUGCUGAAAGUCCAAAAAAGUGAAAGCAAGAAAGGGUUUCGAUGAACCAUUAAAAAGAAAUUUGUGCAAAGCGUAAGUGCAGCAAAGGCAGGUGUACGUGACCCUGAAAGUAUUAAUUGAUAUCUUCCGAGCAUCACAUUUUCUUCUUACUUUUUUCCCCGCCAUGCAAAACUUCGCUUCCUGCAUCGCUACCUGUUAGUUGUGGCAGAGGACCUUCCUGUUGAAAGAGUGAGAUGACUUGUGUUUGUUCCCAUUGUUUUCCUCUUCUAGUUACUUCAAAGUGGUCAUGCAAACAUCGGCCCUUUUAUCCCUCCUAACAUCUGGUCAACGGAACACCGGUGGCCCUGAUAUCUCAUCCUGAUUCUUUUUAAAUGCUUUUCUUCCUCUUACACUUAACCUUAAGUCAUAUGCACUAUCUUCCAAAAUGUAAUGGACCUUUGGAGACCCUGGUGGAAUGUGGUUUUUGCAAAGAGGUGUUUAAGAUUCAGUGGUUCUGAAUCUGUCUCUCCUCUAAACCAAAAGAUUCAGCAGCCCAUUACAUUAACUUAAACUAAUUUAUAAGAAUAUAUUUGUACAUUCUGACCAUGUGUUUGUUUGAGAAAUUCUAAGGGGAACUUGCAAUAUUAUGACAAAUCAAAACAAGACAAAAACAGCAUGUAUAAUACAACUAAUGGGUUCGCAUUAUUAUUCAUUCAAAGCUGCUCUCUGUCUACUUUAGAGGAGAGGACGGUACCUGCAGUGCUUCAGUUGAGACUGCAUUUGCCUUACACCAUUUUGCAUUGUGAUCUGAAUAACACAAUGCAUUGGCUUGGUCACCAUUCCUUUUUUGCCAUAGUGUGAAGUAUGUUUUAAUUGUAUUUUUUUCUCAGUUAGUUUAAGGCACCAUUUGUGCACAAUGUGUAUUAAAAAAAAUCCUAAGAUUAAAUUCAAGUCAAGGCUGUUUUAUGUAAAUCAUCUGUAAAAAGGCUUUUUUUUUGGCCAGAUCUUGGUUUUUGGUCUGAUGUUUAAGUUAUCAAUUUUCAAUAAUAAAUGCACUUCUUUUUUCAACUUCA